CCGGAACCAACGGAGGGAUGGUGGCUGGGGCGACCUCACCCCUACUUCGCAGACUCCCCAACCAACUUUACAGUCAUCUCCGGCCAGACCGCUUAUCUUCCCUGCAGAGUCCACAUGCUCGGAGACAGAUCCGUGACGUGGAUGAGGGGACGUGACCUCCACAUCCUGACUGUGGGCCUCGUCACCUACUCGGCCGACGAGAGGUUCCAGGUGCUCCACACGCAGGAGACAGAUGACUGGACGCUGCAGGUGCAAUAUUCCCAGCCUCGAGACUCAGGCACUUACAAGUGUCAGGUCAACUCUGACCCCAAAAUCGUCCGAAACGUCUUCCUGACUGUCACAGACAAGCGGUACUUGGACGGCCAGCUGUACAGGAUGCCAGCCACCAGCAACAAGGAAGGAGAGUACGGGACGCACAUUGUGGGUGGGGGUGCUAGAUUCCUGCAGGCGGGGUCUUCGUUGUCCUUGGAGUGCAUCGUUACCCACACCCGCGCCCCGCCCACCGCCGUCCUCUGGUACCACGGUAACCGCGUCCUUGACUACGACUCCCCAAGGGGUGGCAUCUCCCUCCAGGUCAGUACUGAGCUUUUGUCAGGGUCAGUACCUCCCUUUCCAGUUACGAGCCAGUUCUUCCCUCCAGGUUCCAGUUCUUCCCUUCAGGUUCCAGUUCUUCCCUUCAGGUUCCAGUUCUUCCCUUCAGUGGGCGCAGUUCCAAUUUGCAAGUGCCAAUGA